AGUCUUAGAUUAAAAAUGAAGGAAACGUUGAAUUUGGAAGAUGGUGUUAAGGAAAAUGAAGGUUCAGAUUACAAUUUGCAAGGUGGAAGGGCAAUAGCCAGUGUUCAAGCAGGGGAGGAAAUAGUUAUUUCAGGUAUGUCCGGGGUUUUCCCCAAUUCCAAUAAUAUCCAAGAAUUUAAGGACAAUUUAUAUAACAAGGUCAACAUGGUACAGCCAAACAGGAGAUGGGAUCUAAUUCAUCCAGAAAUCCCUUCUUGUUCAGGCACAAUUCCAGACAUUGAACACUAUGACCGUGGAUUCUUUGGCGUCCACGAACGACAAUCGGAAUCGCUGGACCCAGUGACGUCACUUGUUCAAGAAAGAACGAUAGAGGCCAUUUUGGAUGCAGGUCUGAAUCCCCUCGACCUGGUGAACACCAGGACUGGCGUAUUCGUGGGCGCCUGUUAUUGUGAAAAUGAUAAAAUGUGGUACUUCACUCACCUGAUCCCAAAUAGCUACGCGAUGACUGGAGCACUGAGGUCCAUGAUAGCACAUCGGUUGAGCUACUUCCUGAAAUUAAAAGGGCCUUCGUACACAACUGAUACAGCUUGUAGCAGUUCUUUAUACGCCCUUGAACAUGCGUAUCGAGCCCUUCGAAGAGGAGAAAUUGAUAAUGCUAUCGUUGGUGGAGUGAAUCUGUGCUUGCAUCCUUUGUUCAAUUUGGAGUUUUCAAGGCUAGGAGUUUUAAGUAAGGAUGGUGCCUGCAAAGCUUUUGAUGAACUAGGCAACGGCUAUGCUAGAUCGGAAGCAGUGGCAGUUUUGUUUCUACAGAAGGCCAAAAACGCUAAGAGGGUAUAUGCUGAGGUGGUUUACGCCAAAACGAAUUGCGACGGAUAUAAGGAGCAAGGAAUCACAUUUCCCUCCAAGGAAAGACAAGGGGAGCUGCUGACUGAAUUCUAUGAUGAAUGUGGAGUUGACAGAUACAGCCUCAGCUUCUUGGAGGCCCACGGAACUGGUACUUCUGUUGGAGAUCCAGUAGAAUGUUCUGCCAUCGAUGAUGUUCUUGCAAGGGAGAAAAAAGUGCCACUGCUGAUAGGUUCCGUAAAAUCGAACAUCGGACAUUCAGAACCAACAUCUGGUAUAUGUUCUAUUAUUAAGUGCAUUAUUGGUAUGGAAACUGGUUAUAUCCCUCCAAAUAUACAUUACAAUAAACCAAGGGCAGAAAUAAAAGGAAUAGCAGAGGGACGAAUGAAAGUGGUCACAGAAAAAAUGAAAUUCAACGACGACACAGGAUUAAUAGGUGUUAAUAAUUUUGGGUUUGGUGGCGCUAACUGUCAUGUGUUGCUCCGGUGGAAUUCCAAAACCAAAGUAAAUCAUGACAUUCCAAAGGAUAAUUUACCUAGACUGGUGUGUGUAAGUGGAAGAACAGAAAAAGCUGUCAAAAGCUUACUCAGUACCACGGACGUUAAUAAAUUUGACACUGAAUAUAUAAAAUUAUUACACGAAAGCUUCAGGAGUAAUAUCGAAUCUCAUUUAUAUAGAGGUUACACUGUUGUAUCUCGGCAUGAUGUAAUUACAAGAUCUAUUAAAUUCCUAAAACAUUUUUCUAACGAUUCUCCACCACUCUAUUUUGGUUUCGGGAAGCUGAAUAACUGGUAUGACAUCGGCUGCGAUCUUCUGCAGCUUCCUGCAUUCUCCACAUGUAUUCAAAGGAUACAAAAAGUUCUGUACCGAAAAGUAAAUAUUUUCGAUGUCUUUCUUAAGAAAUCUGACAAAGAUAUUGACCCGAUGUUGUUAAGUGCUGUGGUUCAACUGGGUCUUAUUGAUUUAUUCAAUUUGGCAGAAGUAAAGCCAAGUGGGAUAUUCGGAUAUCCAAUUGCCGAAUUACUUUCUUCAUACUGUGAUGGAACAUUAUCUUUGGAAGAAACUACCGUUUACAUUUUUUUCCUAAACCAGAUGCUAAACAAUGUAACAUUAGACCCCAACAACAACAAUAAUCUGGAAAAGAAGGCUGUAAUCGACGAUGACAGUAUAAAUAGCCACACUUUCCAAAAUGAAACGGAAACUGAAGUUUCGUCGUCAAUGAAAAAUCGUUUAUUGCACAGUGUGCUGAAAGAUCUAGAGUAUACUAAGGGUGAUAUAAGCAAUAAUAGCAUUGUUGAUUACUUUGUAAACAAUAUAUUUAGCAAUGGAUUUCAAAAUACGGAUAUACCGGAUCAAUGUUCGGUCCUACUCAAAAUUGGAGACAGCCUAUCAGAGGAAUUGGAAGACGUUUCUGUGAUUACUUUAUUUAAUGAAGCUGAAUGCAGCUGUUUAGUAGAAUUUCUGAAAGGACUUGGAAGCUUAUACGAACUUGGGCUUAAUCCUCAGAUAAGUAAGCUAUACCCCUCUGUACCAGUACCUGUAACCAGAGGAACAGAAAUAAUAUCGCCUUAUAUAAAAUGGAAUCAUCGAAAACCUAAAAGUGUACCAAAAUAUCACAUAGAAAAUUUGACAAAAGGGGCCAAAUGUGGGCAUAGAGUAGUUGUUAUUGAUGCUGAGGAUAAAGAAUGGAAAUUCAUUAGAGGACAUAUUGUUGAUGAUAGAAAUGUAUUCCCAGCAACAGGAUACUUGUAUGUAGUAUGGGAAACCUUUUUGAUAGUAAAUGACCUGGAAAUGUGCUUUUCACAAGUUUGUUUUGAAAACUGCAGGUUUAUCAGAGCCACUAUAGUACCAGAACAAGGAUAUUUAAAUUUAAAGAUCAACAUUCAAUCGGGCAAUGGCAAUUUCGAGGUGACCGAAGGAAAUUCCGUUCUGGCCACUGGAAGGAUUUCCUUGUUGGGAUCCAAUGUCAGUUCCGAAGACUUAUUGUUUAAUUGUAAUGAAGUGUCUGCAAGCCUUAAACUGAACAGCAAAGACGUCUACAAGGAACUGAAAUUACGAGGGUACACUUAUAAAGAAGGCUUUCGUGCAAUUGAGCAAUGUGAUAGUUCUGCCUCGAAUGGUUACAUCAGAUGGGACGACAAUUGGGUCACCUUCAUCGAUAACAUGCUCCAACUGAAGAUCUUACAAUAUGACUCUAGACUACUUUACAUACCGACAUUCAUUUCUAAACUGACCGUUUUGGCUAAUACACAUUCGAAGCUGUUGAAUAAUGCCGUAAGAAACGAACAAAACAUUGUUAUUCUACCAGUAACCAAUGAUAUAAAAACUGGGGUGAUAAGAUGUGGCGGUGUAAAUAUUUCGGGGUUAAUAGCUACAUCGAUUUCAAGAAAAACACUGUUAACUGGUCCAGUGUUAGAAAGCUACAAAUUCGUACCUAACUUUACGGAGAUAGAUUUACACCAGUCUGUAAGAGUGAACAUGCAAAUAAUCCUAGAAAACAGUCUAGCUUAUAAAGUUGAAGCUGUCGAACUCAUCGAUGAAUUUACCAAGGAAGAUUUAAUUCCCUUGUCGCCUAUCGUGAAACUAACUAUAGAAAACCAGCCACUUAUACAACUGAUUCUUAAAAUACUGAGUAAAACACCUCUUCCGGAUGUAGAUAUCGAAGUAGAAAAUAAAAAAUUGGAAAACGAAUCGAAUUGCUUGCUCGUGAUUGUCUCAAACAUCUUGGGAAGGCGUGAUGUUUUAGAAAAAACAUUUUCUGUGGUAGCAGAAGAUGGCUUCAUUCUAACUCGAGAAUCUCCAAAGUUCGAUAUCCCUAAAAAUUUACAUCAUAAUUUCUCAAUCUUCACAGUGCAUAGAAUCUCAAAUGAAACUCUCAUCCUUCUUCGGAGGAGAUGCACGACAAAUAAAUCUAAAUACGUCAAAGUAAAUAACACACAAGACUUCCAGUGGUUACCAGAAGUACAGAAUGCAAUUACUGAAGAGGAGAACCAAGAUUUGGUACUGUAUGCGGAAAACGAAUACAAAAGCGGGAUAUUGGGUCUUGUUAAUUGCCUCAGAAGAGAACCACAGAGUGAAAAUGUCAGAUGUCUCUUUGUAAUGGAUAAAGCACAGAAGUUUGAUCCACAAGUGCCAUUUUAUCGUGAUCAGUUGGAGAAAAACAUGGCUGUUAAUAUCUACAAGAAUAACCAGUGGGGUACUUACAGACAUCUUUUAUUGGAAAAAGAAAACCAUGUAGAAAGUGAACACUGUUUUGUAAACUUAACGGUAAAAGGGGAUUUGUCCAGUAUGAAAUGGAUGGAAGGGCCUCUCCGAUACCACACGAAAGAACAAGCUGAAGAAGAAUUAAUAAACAUUUAUUAUAGUGCUCUAAAUUUUAAAGAUAUUAUGGUCGCUACGGGAAAAAUUAGUGUAGAUGUCAUAGGGCAGGAUCGUCUAAUGCAGGAAUACAUUCUGGGAUUUGAAUUUUCAGGAGAAGGCAGACGAGGAAAGCGUUACAUGGGUAUAGCAUCCUGUGCACUCUCAACACUGUUAUUAACUGAUGUCUACAUGAAGUUUCCAGUUCCUGAUGAAUGGAGCUUGGAAGAAGCAGCUACAGUUCCGGUGGUGUAUGCCACUGUUAUUUACGCUUUAUUAAUACAAGGCCAAAUGGUGAGAGGCGAAAGCAUCUUAAUACAUUCGGGCACAGGUGGGCUCGGGCAAGCAGCUAUAAGACUGGCUUUGUACUAUGGAUGCACAGUAUUCACGACAGUCGGUACUAAGGAAAAGCGCAAUUUUCUUAAGAAGACCUUUCCACAACUUAAGGAUAACAAUAUCGGCAAUUCUCACGACGAAUCCUUUGAGCAAUUGGUUCUCGUCGAAACUAAAGGUCGAGGUGUCGACCUAGUGCUAAAUUCUUUGGCUGAAGAUAAACUGAUGGCGUCCGUUAGAUGCCUUGCGAAAGGAGGCAGGUUCAUGGAAAUCGGAAAAUUCGACUUGGCCAACAAUCAACACCUUAGCUUGCUCCAUUUCCAAAAAGGUAUCAGCUUCCAGGGUGUCAUGUUGGAUCAUUUAUUAAUAGGGGGCUCUCCGAGUGUUAAGUACAAACUAUUCAAAAUAAUGACAUAUUUGAUCAAACGUGGAGCUAUUAAACCUUUAAAUAGAACGGUGUUCAAAUAUAAUGAAGUUGAACAAGCUUUUAGGUUCAUGGCCACAGGCAAGCACAUGGGAAAGGUUCUGGUCCAAAUUCGAGAAGCUGAAAACGGGCUACUGAUGCCCCUUUAUCCAUCAAAGUUCUCAGGCACCUCAAGACAUUUUUGUAAUUCUGAGAGAGUUUACAUAAUCGUUGGGGGACUGGGAGGUUUUGGACUGGAACUGGCUGACUGGUUGAUCCUUAGAGGAGCCAGGAAAAUCGUGCUAACGUCAAGGAAUGGAGUUACCAACGGUUAUCAGGAGUACAGAUUACGGAUGUGGAAAAUGUAUGAGGUUAUAGUGAAAAUAUCAACAGUUCCUAUAACAACAGAGGAAGGGUGCAAACAGCUCUUAAAGGAAUCAUUAGAGCUGGGCCCCAUAGAUGCCAUUUUCAAUUUGGCGGUGGUUUUGGUUGAUGGGUUUUUUGCAAACCAAACACCUGAAAGUUUUGCAAUUUCUUUUGGACCUAAAGCAUACGCUACGGAGUAUCUCGAUCAGCUUACCAGAAAGAUGUGUGCAAACUUAAGCCAAUUUGUAGUAUUUUCAUCUGUAUCUUGUGGACGAGGAAACGCCGGUCAAACCAACUACGGAAUGUCCAAUUCUGUGAUGGAAAGGUUAUGCGAAAGGAGGAGACGGGCAGGUUAUCCCGCUCUGGCCAUCGAAUGGGGAGCAGUUGGAGAGGUUGGACUGGUCGCUGAAAUGCUGGAAGAUGAAAUGGAAAUAGAAAUAGGCGGGACGCUGCAGCAGCGGAUAUCCAGUUGUUUAGAAGUACUGGAUACUUUACUAAGACAGAGAGAUGCUACCAUCGUGUCCAGUAUGGUAGUUGCCGAAAAAAAUAUAUUAAAUUCUGCAGAUAAUGCUAUUGAUACUGUUCUGAAUAUAUUAGGCAUAACCGAUACCAAAUUGGUAAGCUCACAUUCAACUUUGGCUGAACUGGGUAUGGACUCAAUGACAGCUGUCCAAAUUAAGCAAAUGUUAGAGAGAGAUUUUGAAGUGUCCCUUUCUGCGAAAGACAUCAGGAGUAUAACGUUAUCAAAAUUAAGAGAUAUUCAAGAUGAAAAGGUAGUGAAAGAUAUCAAAGAAACCAACUCGUAUGUUGGAAUUGAUAUACUAUUUAGAAUGCUGGGUGAUACAACUUAUAACUCUUUGCGUUAUUUGGAGCUGGAAUCGAACGUUCCACAAAAUUCUGAGUCUCCCACGUUAAUACUAUUUCCAGGAAUAGAAGGAGCGCCCAGUGUAUUUCAAAAUUUCGCAAAAUACCUUAACGCCCACGCUGUUGGCCUAAAUUUAAACUUAGAUGUCAGUGACAAAAGUAUUACCGAAUUGGUGCAAUCUCUAUUACCUACCGUGCAAAGAUACUUCCCUGAUAAGACAUUCACUCUGUUGGGCUAUUCUUUUGGUACAGUAAUGGCAAUAGAAAUGGCCUACUCUUUGGAAUCUUUGGGAUACAAUGGCACGUUAGUAUGUAUUGAUGGAUCGCCGUUGUUCUUAAAACAGAUGAUAAUUAAUUUUGGCAUGAAACAGGAGAGGGACUAUGAAAUAGCUGUGAUAUUCCACAUGCUUUCUUUCUAUAUCUCUUCGGGAGUAAUUGAAAAACAUAAG